CGUCGUACCCUUCUCUCGAUUCCACCAAAUCCAGACAACAGCAAGACGAGAUAGCGCAUUCGCCGUCGCUGACCGACGACACGCGCGUCUCCGCGUCCAGUCGCCAUGGCGUUCCAAACGUCAGCUUUGCCCGGCAUCGCCGCGGCGGCGACGGAUCUGUGGCCCUCCAUCAUGAACACCCUGAUGCUACCCUUCCGGACGCACUCGCUGCCGCUGCCGCUGCCGCUGCCGCUGCCCGCAUUCCCUCGGAUCUCGGGACUCGACUCGAACCCGCGACAGGCGCUUGCUGAACCGAAGCCCUUUACCGCCUCGCCAAAGUUUGACCUUCCCGAAUUCCUGCGAGAUCCCCAACACGAUGCGAGUCUCGUGCCCGCCCGCGUUACGAAAGGCUACGUCCCGACGCCCUUUGAUAUCCGGUCCUCCAUCUCCAACAUGGGGCGUGCCGCCCUUUUCGCAUCGAACCCGGUUGUCCGUCGUCUGUAUCCGCACUAUCCCCUGCUCCGGUUUCUGUCCACCUCGACCGCCUCCCGCCCGUCUUCGUAUCCCUUAUCGAUGAUGGCCGCCCCCCAACGGCGGUCUUUCCAGACUGGUGGCUUGUCUCGAAAUCUGCUCGCUCAUAUGGAAGAAUCUGCCAACCGGAACCCGGCCAGCGCCACUGCCCAGAACGCAUUCUACCAGGCCCUCUUGAGGGCUAACAUGCCCGCUAUUAUCGUCGAAAGAUAUCAGUCUGGUCGUUUCGCGACAAACGCUGCCGCUGCCGAUGCGUACUACAAGGCUCUGGGCAUGUUAGCGCCAAGCGCCGGACAGGGACAGCCGGAUGAAGAGAUUGGCCAGACUGUUAAGAACUUGCCCGGCGACCUAACGCCGACACAGGUGCAGGCCGUCACCCAGGCUCUCGCUGCUCGGUCUCGCGGCGGCAACCUAGCCGUCUCGAAGAACAACCAGGCAACCGGCGCGAAGGACGGGCCGCUGCACGUUGUCGUCGACGAGACGCUGGGGGGCACGGUCUUCCGAUGGGUCAAGUUUCUCCUCUGGUUUUCGCUCUUCACGUAUCUCAGCUUGGUCGUUGUCACCAUGCUCAUCGAGGCGCUGAGCGUCCUUAAGCGGCCAGGAGGAAGGCUUGACAGCGAGGUCAAGGCCGAGCAUCAGAAGACUCGAUUUUCCGAUGUGCACGGCGCCGACGAAGCCAAAGAGGAACUUCAAGAAAUGGUCGAAUUCCUGCGCAAUCCCGAGAAGUUUUCCCAACUAGGCGGCAAACUGCCUAAAGGUAUACUCCUGGUUGGCCCGCCCGGCACUGGAAAGACACUCCUGGCGAGGGCCGUCGCGGGUGAAGCAGGAGUUCCGUUUUUCUACAUGUCGGGGAGCGAAUUCGAUGAGGUUUACGUCGGGGUCGGCGCAAAGCGCGUUCGCGAUCUCUUCGCUGCUGCCAAGUCCAAGUCGCCUGCCAUCGUCUUCAUCGACGAACUCGAUGCUAUCGGCGGUCGCCGCAACACGCGUGAUGCCGCCUAUGUCAAGCAGACUCUAAACCAACUCCUUACCGAGCUAGACGGAUUUGAUCAGACGAGUAGCGUCAUCAUUAUCGGCGCCACAAACUUCCCUGAACUGCUCGACAAGGCCCUCACACGGCCUGGCCGUUUCGAUCGUCACGUUGUUGUCGACCUGCCCGACGUUCGCGGUCGCCUAGCGAUCUUAAAACACCACGCAAAGAAAAUCAAGGCAGCCAAGGACGUCGAUCUUGAUGCCAUCGCCCUGGGUACCCCUGGUCUUUCCGGAGCCGAGCUCGAGAACAUCGUCAAUCAAGCCGCCGUACACGCCAGCAAGGCCAAAGCCUCGACAGUCCGCAAAGAAGACUUCGACUGGGCCAAGGAUAGAGUUAUCAUGGGCGCCGAGAGGAAGACCAUGGUCAUCACCGCCAAAGAGAAGGAGAUGACGGCUUAUCACGAGGCCGGCCACGCUCUCGUCAACCUAUUAACCAACUCCGGCCAAAGCUUGUAUAAGGUCACUGUUCUCCCCCGCGCCCACUCGCUGGGCCAUACGGCAAGUCUCCCAGAAAUGGACAAGUACUCCUAUACUAUAAGCAACUACCUUGCUCGAAUCGAUAUGGCGCUCGGAGGCAAACUCGCUGAGGAGAUUGUUUACGGCCUGAACCAGGUCACCAGCGGAGCCUCAUCGGAUCUCCAAGUAGCGACCGCUGUUGCCUUCGACAUGGUUGCAAGCCUGGGUAUGUCUACGAAACUUGGGAACAUGGAAUAUGGGAGUCGGUACGAUACCCUAAGCAGCGAAACAAAAGCUCAAGUCGAGGCCGAAGUGCAACGCACCGUCAACGAGGCGUACGAACGCGCCCGGAAACUCCUGUUGGACCACCGCAAAGAGCUCGACCUCCUCGCGAAGGCACUUGUUAAAUACGAGACAUUAAGUAAAGAGGAGGUAGAAAAGGUGAUACGGGGCGAGUCUCUCCCCGACCGCAUUGCCGUUCCGAGGGGUCCGAUGACCGUUCCGUCGUCGUCCAAGCCACCUGCCCCAGGUGAGCUAGCGCCCCCGGCUCCAGGUACGGGAGAAAACGAUGGACGACCCCCCCCACCAGUUCCGCCGGCUCCGGGGGGGCUCACCCCCAGCAGAUUUCCUCCCGGAACUUCCAGUGAGAAGGGAGAUAGCUAGUCUUCUCUCUUGAAGAGAGGCAGUCCCUUUCUGUCCAUCUCCAGGCUCUGGCCCCGUUGGGAAUAGUCGGCUACGGAACCUCAAUGAGCUUGCUAUUGGUAGGUAUGAUACCAGAUGGUGUCGAGGUUGAAUACGAUCAGGG